AUGAAAGCGCUAGAAGAAUGCGACAGAGAGAGCUUCUACCAGCGCUGCCUGCCGUUUAGCACUGUUUUGGCCACUUUGACGUAUACUGCCAUAAAGAACGAUUUCCUGCGCCCCAACCCACACUUCGGCAUCGUACCUAAAAUGAUGUCGGCGAUAUUCACGGGUUAUGUCCUGGGGCGUGUCUCGUACAUGGACCACUGCGACCAGAAGCUGCGGCAGCUUCCGGCAAACAGUCAUCUCGGCAACGUCAUGAGGAAGUACUACGCUGACAACAUCGCUUACAAUUCUGGAAUAACAGACGCUAACAAAGCGGGUUCAAAAAAAUGA